AUGUGUGGUAGAUAUGCCCUUGGCGUGCGCAUGGCCUUCGUGCGUCGCCGCCUCGAAGAACAAGGCCUCCAGGUCGACGAAGCGCCCUCUGAUGACGACGUCCGAGAAACAUACAACUUCGCCCCGGGGAACUUUGGCGCCGUGUAUCGCGCGGAUAUAUAUCCCUCCGGACACAACGAGGAACAACCUGAGGACGACGACACUACAUCACCGGCCCAGAACAAUGCAACAGAGAAAGACGAACAGACGCACCCCCAGCUCAAAUACAAAAUCCAGAGCAUGAAGUGGGGACUGGUCCCGUUCUGGACGAAGCGGAAACCGGAUUACGGGUCGAUGAUGCGGACGAUUAAUUGUCGGAGUGACUCGCUGGCCGAGGAUCGCGGGAUGUGGACGUCCAUGAAGCGGAGGAAGAGAUGUGUAGUCGUCUGUCAGGGUUUCUAUGAGUGGUUGAAGAAGGGGCCUGGGGGGAAGGAGAGGGUGCCGCAUUUUGUGAAGAGGAAGGAUGGGGAGUUGAUGCUCUUUGCGGGGUUGUGGGAUUGUGUUUCUUAUGAAGGGGAGGAUGAACAGCUCUACACGUAUACGGUUAUUACGACGUCCUCGAACGCUUAUCUGAAGUUCCUUCAUGAUCGCAUGCCGGUCAUUCUGGAGCCAAAUAGUGAGGCGAUGAAGAUUUGGCUGGAUCCGAAUCGGACGACGUGGUCGAAGGAACUGCAGUCUGUGCUGAAGCCAUACGAGGGCGAGUUGGAAUGCUAUCCAGUUCCCAAGGAGGUUGGCAAGGUUGGAAACAACUCCCCUGACUUCAUUGUGCCGAAAAAGACCGAGCCGGGUGUCAAAGUCGAAGGUGAUGGCAUUGCGGAUCAAAAUAUAGUCGAGAACGAAGACGAUCCGCGUCCAAUGAGGGAAAGUGAAUGGAGUGAGGACAAUGCACCCAAACCAGCAGCAGGCACUAAGAGAGAACGCACCCCCGAGGGACCUGAAGAGGUAGCAGAUGAGGGGAUGAAGAGACCAAAGACAGAGCCGCUCACUCCUUCGUCAAAGAUGGCCUCAGAGCAUAACCUAGCAUCGAAGCAACAGACAACCCCUGUCGGAAAGAAGAUGCGAAGUGCCACUCAUAAUGAAAAGCCCACGAAAAAGGUAAAUGCGAAGAAAGCUGAUGGAUCCCAGCCAAUCACAAAAUUUUUCUCAACCUGA